AGGCAACUUUCAAUCCGAUGCUCAUGUCCGCUCAAUAGAUUCAUUAUUCCUCUUUGCUGCGCUCACGCCUUUUCCUCCUCUCUUCUGCAAGCGAAUUUCAGUUUUUAGUUAUAGGGACCAAAAAUUCGGAAACCUGGCGAUGUUAGGAAUUCGCCUGUCGAACCGCUUCUACUUCUUCGCCAUUCUGCUCUUCUGCCUCGUUGUAAUCGGUCUGUUGGGACAUACAGGACACUCUCCGUCUCAAGUGCUCUUUUGGCCUGUAUUCGAGGAAUCUGGUGGAACGGUCGAGGCGGGACGACGGCCACCAGAACCUCCAACCUGGACUCGGUUGCGGCAGUGGGAGGACAACCUGCCCCAGCACGAUCUUUCGCUUCCUUUUCCUGAAGGUAGCACAGGCCGGUAUGUCAAAUUUGACAAUCAAAUCAAGAUGCUAGGAUGGAAUAAUGUGCUCAAUGAAGUACUUAUGAAUGCGCACCUUUCUUAUGUCUCUGGUCGAUCCUAUGUGUUCUUGGAUUAUUACUGGAAGCCUGAAUACUAUUCUUGGCCCAAAUCCCAGUUCCGCAGUAACCCGCCACGAACGCCUCUCAAUGCGCUCAUAUCAGGACCAGCGGCCGGUGGCCCUUGGGACGAAGGCGAUGAGGCCCCGCGAGCCAUAUCUGAACGUUGGUACGACAUUGUCUGUCCUUACGGAGAGCGACGGUUCAUGAACACUCGGGAAUUCAAACCACCAGUUUGGAACUCUCCUGGAAUCGACAUGCUCAACCAUUGGUCACAAGUUUUACGAAAUGCACCCGAGCGUUGUAUAGAGAUACAGGGUGACGAUGAACACGACAUGUUUCCACAGGUCUUUGAUUUGUGGAUGUGGGGGAGCACGCGCGUCCUCUCAUUAUGGGAAGAGUUUUCAAAAUCUCCGGUGAGCAGGUUGCUACAGACUUCACCUGUCGUGAAGAGCGCAGUCGAUGCAAAUGAAUUCCUCUUCUAUCCUCGCGGUUCACGUCUCCCUUUAUCAAAUCUUGGACCCAGGGACCCCUACGACAGGAUGAUGGCGAUACAUAUACGGAGGGGAGACUUCAAAGAGGCGUGCAUGCGCUUAGCAUACUUUAACUCAACGUUUUAUAGCUGGAACCUUUUGCCACAGCUUCCAGACUCUUUCGAAGUUCCACCGUCACUGGUAUGGGAUAGCUCAGAAUACAAUCAGUAUUACGUCGAGAGAUGUUUUCCCGAGCAGCAAUCUAUCGUGGCCAAAGUUCGAGAGGCCCGAAAGUCGUAUAUCUCAGCUGCAGGAAAGGACGAGAAGCGAACGCUCGAUGUUAUGUAUCUCCUCACGAACGCGAAAGGUAACUGGCUGGCAAAGAUGAUAGCUGACCUUAAACAGGAUGGAUGGCAUACGAUAGUUACAAGUAAAGAUCUAGAGUUGAAUGCGGAGCAGACGGAUGUUAAUAUGGCGGUGGAUAUGGACAUUGCGAGGAAGGCUGCUGUGUUCAUUGGCAACGGUUGGUCGUCGUUCACUAGUAAUAUCGUUCAUCGAAGAUUGGUGGAUGGAAAAGAGCCACUCAGCACACGAUUUUGGUGACUCACGACCGCAUAGGCAUAAUGGUAUAUAGUGUUCAGUUAUCUUGGUUUAAUUCAUAUCUCGGAGACAAAUACUCUUCACGGGUGGUAGAGUGUGUAGCGCAUGUGGCACACAAUCACCUUGCUUGGUUAGGUUUCUUGCCAUCUUUAAUUGACGCAGUUUAUCGUUCCAUAUCACAAAUAUGCCACAACACGGCUUCCUUCUCAGCUCAGCAAUUUGUCCCCCCAUCUGCUCAUUGCUCUGACUAUCUCAAUGCCCGACCACCUCAUCUGAAUAUUGAAAGUAUAGUUUGUGUUUUGUGUUAUGCCUUGCGGCCUGUGCUCUAGAGUCUAAUGCCAUGUACUUGUUGAAGGUGCCUAUUGUAAGAAAUUGUACCUAAGCUCACUAUUCUGUC